CUCGGCAAUGGACGUGUCGUACUCGCUUUCCAAUAUUGCGGGGUUCAAAUCCCACUUGCCUGUUCAAAAGAUCACAUUACCUCUCAAGUAUCCAAGCCAGAACCAAGAACAGAAUACCAAUGAGCGCUUCCACGCCCUUUUGGCUGAAACUGGAGCCAUUAUCGACUUGAGUGCUUCACAAUCUUACAUUGACUUUGUGUCUUGGGAUCUUUUGGCCGAUUUGAAAACAAUUACGUUGUCUCCCAUCAACUCUUCAGUAAAGAAGCUAGAACUUCCAUUACAGAAUAUCCAGGUCACCUUGCCCCACAAGAUCGUUUCCAGUAAGAGUGUCAGUAUUACUUAUCAGUCGGAUCAAUCUGGUAAUGAAGACGGCUACAUAAUUGUCGAUUUGGUAGACGAGAACUUCUUGUUCGUUACCUUGAGAUUUGCAUUAUCUGACUUUAUAGUGGCUAAUAACUCUUCCAAGUUUUCGUUAGGCAACUUUGACCAAUGGGGACAUAUCUCUGUUCCAUACUCGUUCGAAAUGCGUUCGGAUCCGUAUUUGGUCAAGACAGUUGAUCCGUUGAAGGUAAUCGUCUCAUUGAAAGACGGAGGAUUUCUUAUUUUCAAGAGAUCUGCUAUUCUUGAAGAUGUAGAAGUAGGAACGUUCUCAGAGGCUUCUUCGAUUCUUCCGUUCACUUUCUUAAGCGGAAUCUUCAAAAAAGACCCACGACAAGAGGUAGUUUUAGAAGGAAUUUCUUCCAAUACAAUCGUAGAUGUCAUACAAAUCGACUCUAAUACCAUUGCUUCCUUAACUGUGCGUAAGGUAUUGAAGCUCUGGAGCACCGACAACCUUGUUCCGACAAGCACGCCCAUUGAACUCACCGAGAUAAACGAUUCCAGCUCAUGGUUGACAUCUGUGCCGGCUAAAUACUUCCAGGUUAUCUCCAGCAAAACUGGACAAUCCUAUUUGUCCUUGUACUAUAGCACCAAUUCCGCAGACAACAGUAAAAGUAGAUACGUGUUCAAGACUUGGAAGAUACGCAAGUCUGAUACGAUUGUGGAGUUAGAACUUUUGGAUCAUUUGACGUUCCAACCAGAAUUGCCCAAUAUCUUGCUCUUGAGUUCUUCGGCCCAACCAUCCUUCCAGAACACACUCUGGUUCAUUCAGGACUACCAGACGCAACUUUCCGAUGAUAGCAUCAAAUUCCAUAUUCUCUGGAAGUCCAACACCUCUUCAGUCUUGGUUACCUUGGCGAUCAAUUUCCAGACUGGUGCUAUUGAAUCUAAAAAGUGGUCGCAUUCACAAGAAGGGAAGACUUUCGAAGAGCUUGGACCCUAUCACGACAGCGAGUACUAUCGUAAUAAGAUUCUCAAUUCAGGCAGAUACAACGAUUUGAUUUUGCAGACUUCCUUAGAUGUUUUCAGACUGUACAAGGGAUUGGAUUCAGUAGACAAAAAGUCGUUCAUCAGAGACUCCACUGAAGAAACCAUCAAGCUCGCAUCCAAUAACGACCCAUACGAAACCAAACAGAACUGGUACAAAUUAGAGACUCUUUGUGCUGAAUUCAAGAAACUAGGCGAAGAGGAUUUGGCUAUAUCGUUGACUAAUCAGGCGACUCUUCUCACAAUACAAGCCAAUGGUUUGGGAAUCUUCAGACCAUCUCAUUACUUCGAAUCGUUUCCAUACAAGAAGCUUGAUACUCCUGAAGGCAAAUUGUUCAAUAUAUUAAACAAACUCAACAAUGUGUUAUCUACAAAAACAUAUCAUAGAAUCCUAGCCAGGAUCAGAUCUACUACCUCUUUAACGUUGCAAGAUUCAAACGAGUGGUAUGAAGAUUUUAUUGGGAACAAAUUGUCUGACGAAGAGGCUCAAAACAUAGUCAACGAAUUGGGCAAUAUUGAAGAUGCCUUUGGUUUGCUUGAUACUCUUAUUGGCUCGGUGGAUUAUGUGAGCAUAGAUGAUCUUGGUGCUGACAAGUUGACUGACUCUUUGGAUAUUCCUCCUGCUGAGAAGUUAAAUACUGUGUUGACAUUCAAGAACAUCAUUGCUCUGCACGAGUCGAUCGUGUUGAACUUGUUUGUAUUGUUUUUGGUGUGUGAUUCCAAUGAUAGAAUCUUGUUGUUGCUUAAUAAGAUCAUCAACAAGUUGAACAUUUACGAUAUUGUCAGAUGUAUUUUUGAUACCAGUUUCAAGAAACAGAAUAAAACUUCUAGAAUUGAAAAUGAAAACCUAAACAUUCUCGAGAACUCCUUAUUUUGGAGUGGAAUAGUCGACAACAAUCCACAGCUCAAUUAUUUGAUUCGCGGCUCUAGAAUGAAUGAAGCCUGUGAUUACUUUAUUGGCACUGUCCUUUCUAGCUACAAGAACUUUAUUGUAGAUGUGACGCUUGACUUGUUGAAUCGCGACGAAGGCAAGUUCAUUAAGAGCACUUUCUUCAAGAUGUUAAACAGAUCCAGAAACAUUGACAGAUUUAUUAUUGGCUUGGUUUAUUUGAUAAACAGUGAUGCCAAUGAGUUCUUUGAGACCUUUGAGACAUACGAGUUAUUCGACAUUGCAAGAGAAAAUGAACUCAAGGAAAAGAUCUAUAAGUCUUUGGCCAACAAUGAAACAAUUAAGAUUUUCCUAGACAUUGUAUUCCUGGAGGAUAAGAAUCCUGUCUUGAAGAAAGCAGAUUACUUUCAUGCACUUGCUGAGUUGUCUAAAGAGCAGGCUGCUAGAGCGCGUCGUCAUUCACAUCUGCAAAAUUUUGAGUUGAGAGCUAUUGAGAUCUUGAAAGAAAUAGAAUCUCCGGACGAAGUAGUUUUGUCUAGAGUUGAUUCAUAUUAUUUGAACGUCUUUGAUUUUGCAUUGAAUACUUCAAAUUACGAUGCCAUCUACGAUGCUUUGUCCAACUUGUCACCAAAUUCAUCUCUUUAUGAGUACACAGAUUUGUUCAACCGUUUCAUCAAUAAGUUGAUAGCCAACCAGUCGAUUUAUAUUAUAUUCCCUCCGCAUCCAAACGCGUUGUACAAGAAGUACUUCCUUUUGAUCGAUAAUAUCUUGUUGAACAUUGCCAAUCAUGAGCUAGCCUUAUCGAGCUCGCUCAAAUUGUACGAAUACCUCUAUUCAUGGAGGUUGUUUGGAGCCUCAAACUCGUUAACAUCCAAAGAUAUGGCUGACAGAAGAGGUGCUGUCGAGUCUUUGUACAUGUUCAUCACCAGAUUCAAGGAUGAAAGGAAGAAUUUGAUUGCAUACUCUGCUACUCCAACUAUCGAAGAUGUCAAGCAGUACAAGCUCAAGAUCUUGGAAUUGUAUAUGAUUAUAUUGAACUGUUUGAAGGGUUUUGAUAACGAGGAGGACCAGUGGAUUGUGAAGCAGAAAGAUGCUGAAUCGUUGUCCAUCGUCAAACUCGAGGAGCUCAAGAUUGAAUACUUUGAAUGGUUCAGAGAGUUGGAGGAUGACUUGAGGAAUGAAAUAUAGUAUAUAAAAUAGAGUAUGUUGUACAAAGAAAUUAAUAGUACAGAGUAUACAGCUAC